AAUAUUUCAAAAUUCACGCCACAGAAAAACACAGUCGAUAUUACUAGGAGAAACAGAGAGAGAAGAUGCAAAUGGUGGAAAGUAGAUUCAGAAUGAAAAAGAAAUCACAGAAGAUGACCUUAGAGAAGUACGUCGAUUUUAUUGACAGCAACAAGCAAUUCGAUCUCACUAUCCCUAAUCUCAAUGAGAUCAUCAGCAUUCACGGGUUCAAGAAAAGCAAGCGUCAAAAGAAAGUCCUGGCGGACGCUGUGAACACGAUAGAGUUAAUGGACCUGCAACGCUCCACAUUGCAAGAGGAGAUCUCAUCAGAAGCGUUCGUUACUCUCGAUGAAGCAAUCAAAGACCUCACUCAUCUCAAUUGGCAAGAGUGUUGUGUCACCUCUCUGCAAACCAUUUGUUUCUCUAAUGGAGUCAAUGGCUCAGAUCACUGCCAGACAAAGACUAAUGCGUCAGCUUCUUCAAUGCUGAAUAUCCCACCACCAACGAAGAAACCAAAGGUUCGAUCAGUAAAGUCUUGUUACUUGGAAUGAAAAAACAAAAUUAUGAAAAAUAUGUAUCUGGCUUUCUUCUUGGCAUAGGAUUACCAGUAUUGAAAAUGAAAUAAGUCCAAAUAGAACAAAAUAGUAAUAACUGAUCUUGACUAGCUUGUUUUGAUGCAUAGUUUGAUUGAUAAUCUGUCAUGAUUGAUCCAAAUUGUGGUACAAUCUAUGCACAAAAAAUAUUGAUCUCGAGCCUGAAGUGAACCUUUUCGUUGAUUAUUUCAUAGUAAUGUUUAAAAUUACGAUUUGAUUGCAUUCAUGUUCUUUUCUUUAGCUGUGUAGUCAUCUGACAAAUAAAACUACCUAUAGAGCAAGCAAACCAAUCAUUUGUAGACUGAAAAACUAGCUAUACGCGAAGGAAAUAACAAUGGGGAUGCAAAUCAAAUGAUAUGCAUUCAUCAAUUAAUGUGAAAACAAUCUCCAGCAAGACACAUAUCCAAUAAACAAGUAUCUAUUCAUUUGUUGGUGCCUUACAAUGAUCUAUUAGCACUUGACAAACAAUCCACCAGAUGUUUCACCAGCCUCCUUUAAUCAAAUACACAUGGUACAUUUUACUCGUUUGGGUCAUCACUGCAAAAGCAUACCAAAAAGACGUGGUUUCGAAUGAGUAGGGAAACUUUAUUAAUACCAAAAUAGAGACAAAGAUGAAUGAAGAACCCACCUCUGCAUCCUCGCCUGCGCCCACUUUGUUUGCAGCAUCUCCC